UUGAAUUACUGUUGCCUCUCUGAUGCCGCUGCUGAUCGUGGGCAUCUCAGAAGGGCCCCACUACAAGAUAAGAGCACAAGCACACUGCAGAGCAGGCUGAUGUAGAAAUGGAUUUCAAAACAUCGUCUGCCACAAGCCCUAAAAGAUGUUGUGAGUAGCUUGUUAAGCCGCCAAAAAUAAACAGAGAUGAGAUGGGAGUUUUGACCAUGGAGACUAUAUCUUUUGAUUCUUCCACCACGGUUAAUACCAAUGUGAACACCACCAAUGUGAAUUCCACUGCCAGGAGGUUUUUUGCGGCUAAGAGAUCGGCUUCGCAUCACUUGGACUUUCAUGGAACGGAUCUGCACAUGUUGCAACAGGCAGGAUGGAUGGGCCGCAUGCACCGAGGGCUGUACAGGGGGACACAGUUCAGACACAGUACUGGGGACCUGGGCUCUAUAAAUGUAAGCUGGCCAGUCAAGUUCCAUGAGGUCCAUGGAGACAAUGUGAUCCUGCUAAAUGACAAUACACUAGCCAAGCGAGGAGACAGUUUCUGUAAGGCCAUUUGUUUCAGUAGCCGUCCAAUCGCCAUCAAUGAAAAAGUCUACAUCCGCUUCGCAGAAACCUCCAGUAGCUGGAGCGGUGUUUUGCGAUUUGGAUUUACCAAUAUUGACCCCGCCACUGUGCGGGGAUCUGACCUUCCUCGAUAUGCGUGUCCCGACAUGACCAACAAACAGGGCUGCUGGGCCAAAGCUCUGGGGGAGAGAUACGCAGCUCAUAAUAACAUUCUUCAUUUCUACAUCACUCGUACGGGGGACGUGAUGUACGGCAUUAAUGGGGAGGAUAUUGGACUAUUUUUCUCCGGUGUUUCUACUCUCUCCCCACUGUGGACUCUCCUGGAUAUUUAUGGCAACACCAUUGGCAUUGAAUUUGUUACCCAUGAGAGAUUGAACAACAGUCCAUUUGGAUCUCUGGGGGCAUUACACAAUGCGCUCCCUCCCCCCAUACCUCAAAGGGAGGUGGUACCCUCGGGGCCAAGGACUCACUUCUCUACGUCUAGUCUGUCAAGUCUUAACAGUGAGUCCAUAGUAGCUCCAGCAGCACCCUCUAUUCCAGUACGCUAUUACACAAACAUUAACUUUAGACCCAUGAGUUGGCAUGAACUGACAGGCAAAAAUAUACGAGUGGUGGACGCCAAUCGAACUAUCGCUGUGAGAUCCGAUGAUGAAUAUUGUAACGCUUAUGUGUUUUCAUCUCGACCGCUAAAAUGUGGUGAAAAAAUUGUGAUACAGGUGUUGGGAAUCGAGAGGACGUUUAUUGGCGGGCUAGCGGUGGGAUUUACGGCAUGUGAUCCAAGGGAGGUAAAUCCGAAUGAUCUGCCCGAUGAUUCUGACAUGUUGUUGGACCGGAAGGAGUACUGGGUUGUUAAUAAAGACGUCUGUCGGACUCCAGAAGUCGGGGACGAAUUGUGCUUUCAUUUAACUUUAAAUGGUAGGUAUAAAAUAACAUUUUAAGUCCAG